AAUCGAUGACGUUUUACACAGUACACACGGGUGCCCGUUAAGUAAAGAAAUUUUCUCAUCAUGAAAUGUGUAAAGUCUAUUAUAUUAGUCCCUAAGCGUAUUUUCAGUGUAAAUAAUGUGAAUAUUUGUGUGAAACAAUAUUCAACAGUCACCUCCACAGUUGCCAGAGAGAACAUUGGAAAAAAUACUACAGAUCCUAGUGUGAACUCACUGGUCAAUCCAGAAUGGGAAUCUGAUAGCCCUAUUGGUGCCUACAGAAAACUAAUUGCAUCAGGACAACUACAGCAAGAUGACUGUCAGAUGUCAGUUGUUGAGAGACUUCAGGGUCUUUAUGAUAGCUUUGGUGAUUAUGAACCUCCAUCAACCACUGUCAAUUGGCUAGCAAAGACUUUUGGAAUUGGUAGUGGGAAGGCGGCAGAAAAUCCAAAGGGACUAUACCUGCAUGGUCAUGUUGGAACUGGCAAGACAAUGUUGAUGGACAUGUUUUAUCAGCAUUGUAAAGUAAAAAGAAAACAGCGAGUUCACUUUCACAGAUUUAUGCUUGAUGUACAUAAACGAGUACAUACAUUAAAACAGUCUGUGCCUAGGCAGUAUAAUGUAAGAAAAACUCAGUCCUUUGAUCCUAUUCCACCAGUUGCCAAGGAGAUCAGCAAUGAAGCAUGGUUGCUGUGUUUUGAUGAAUUUCAGGUGACAGACAUAGCUGAUGCUGUGAUACUGAAGAAACUCUUUACAGAAUUGUUUAAAUGUGGAGUUGUGGUCGUAGCCACAUCAAAUCGACCACCUGAUGAUUUAUACAAGAAUGGCCUUCAGCGAGGAAAUUUUGUUCCUUUUAUUGGGGAAUUGAAGAAACACUGUGAUGUACUAAGUCUAAAUUCAGGGGUGGAUUACAGAAUGAACACACUUCCAGCUAAAGGCCAACUUUAUUUUCUGACAGGGGAUGGCAAUGCUGAAGAAAAAAUAGACGAAGUCUUCCAAGCUCUCAUCGCAGAACAAGAGGAACAAGUAAUUGGAUCCCGAGUCCUGGAUGUUUUGGGAAGAAAGUUACUUUUACCAGAAACUUGUGGGAAUAUAUUGAAGACAGACUUUGAUUCAAUGUGUAAACAGGCACGUGGAGCCAUUGAUUACUUGGAAAUCAGCAAAGAGUUUGAUACCGUUAUUCUGCAAAAUAUCCCCAAAAUGACAUUGUUUAAUAAAACAGAAGCUAGACGAUUUAUCACACUAGUUGAUACUUUCUAUGACAAUAAGGUACGUGUUGUAUGUUCAGCAGAUGCUAAACCUAAAGAAUUAUUUGGUGCAGGAAACAUGAGUCAGAAAGACUUUGAUGACAAUAGAAGUCUCAUGGAUGAUUUGGGAAUUCAAGAGAAAUCUGACUUGGCGAGUGCCAGUAUAUUCACAGGAGAGGAAGAGUUAUUUGCAUUUGAGAGGACAGUGUCGAGGUUAACAGAAAUGCAAAGUGAGGAAUACUGGAGCAUGAGGAACUCAGAAAAAACUCCCAGUUGAUGAUGUGUUGUUUUAGAAAACAUUACAAUAUCAUCUUGUUGCAUUAUUUAUGAAAACCAUUUAAGUAUAGACUGUGAUUAUUUUGCAAUAAAUAGUUUUUAUAUUAUCUGCUGCACAAUUAAUAGUUAAUGAAUUUUUAAAAUAAUAUAUCAGGGAUGCUAGCUGUACACGAUUUUAGAGACAUGAUUGACGUGCAUUUUACCAGUGUAUUGAUGCAGGUUGCCUUGUGAUUUAGAUUGUUUUAAGUUAUUACAUAAAUCUUUAUUUGGUUUAGGGAUGAGAUCAAAAGAUCAAUGUCAGGUGGAGAGGGAAGGAGGGUAAAAAGUACCGAAAGUUUCUGUCAUCUGACUUCAAUUAUUACACAAGUUUUCGGAAUGUUAUUGUUAUAAUCUGCUGAUCUACAUGUAUUUGCACAAAUAUGUCAAGGAUUGUCCAUUUUUUGGUGGUUUUUUUUGGUUGUGUCUUCCUACUAAAUCUGCAUUUUUUCACUGGUGAAUUUUUCAAUUUCAAAAUAUUGUUGUGAAUAUCCUCCACUAUUCAGAACAGUUUACUCAGGUGUUUCAUGCAUCCUUAGUAGUCAUCACUGGUCAGUAUUCUAAAACUUUUUAAAAAUGCAGGAUGUUCAAUUUUCUGUUACCAGCAGCUUGUGGUUUACUGUGGAGUAUAGGUGUUAUCAUAGACCUGACUUACUCAUUGAUUGACUGAAACCCAAUAUGUAUGUAUUACUUAUCAUAUUUAUUAAGUUUUUGCAAUGCUUCACACCAGCAUACUUUUUAAAAAGUUCUAUUGUGCUUCAUGAAGUAUUUCAGCAUGAAGCAUCACAAUUCAUAUUUUCCUGUAUUUUCAAAGUUUAUUUCUUGAAUGAACACAUAUGGGCAAACAUUACCAACAAUUCUCAAACUGGUUGAAUUGUAUGCUUGAGUAGUGGGUGAUGAUAAUUUGAAUUGUAUGCUUGAGUAGUGGGUGACGAUAAUUUGAAUUGUAUGCUUGAGUAGUGGGUGACGAUAAUUUUGGAAAGGACAGAAAAGGAGGAAACUGUCGAUUCUAUAUUUUACGCAAGGACUUGUUAUCGCAAAAUGACUCAUGGAUUUCAAAUUGCAAGAAAAUAAAUUUGCAAGUGCUCUGUUGAUCAAGUGUUUUUGCAUGUAUUUAAGCAAUAUAAAAUUAAAAGUGAGAAAUGUUUUUUCACGAGUGAUGUUUCCACAAAAUUACGCAUUAAUAAAUUCCUUACAUACAUGUAUAUUUAGGAAUUUACAGUAUACUAUUUAUAAAAAUGUAAGAGGAUUACUCUAUUUUAAUGCAGGCUUUUAUGUUCAUGUAAUUUUGUGUGAUUAGAAAUUUCACAAGAAUUGAAUAAUUUGAGAGUAUUAUCUUUUAAUGAGGGUAGAAAGGCAUUUAUGUGUUUGACACUGUUUACAAAGUACAUAUCAUGUCAAAGCUAUUGCUGCAUUGUUUUUCUGGGGGGGGGGGGGAUUCUGGGACAUUGAAUUUAUGAAUUAAUUUAACAACUUUAUUAAUGAAAUGAAUGAUUAAUGAAACCAAGUCCCAAGAUUUCUGAGAGUCAUACAUUCAGACCAAGGACUGUUUCCAUAUUUUUUGUGUUUCCGCUACAUGUAUGCAAGUGUUCUAAUAAAUAAAGCCACUGCAAAUUUUGAAAUUUCGGUGAAUGACUACUUGAUUUGUAUGUUAUACUGUACCCAAUUUUCAUAAAUGUCAUUUCUGUGUUGGAUGUAUACCAGAUUAUUGACUUGUCUUAUUGUUUAAUAAGAUAAAAAUUUCCCCUCAGAACUUUGGAUGCAAUUAGUGUCAUUUUGAAAUGUUUUUGUUUAUGUAAAAAAAAUAUUUACAAACCUAAAUUAAAAAGUAUGAAACAAA